ACAGAUAUGUAUAUAUAUAUAUAGAGGGCUUCGCAAACUCUCAAAUACAGAAUCAAGGAGGUUCUACUUUUCAAUGCCAUUGAUAUAUUUCCGUUGAUCUCGGAUUAUUCAAUGAACUUUUACAAAUCGAUAAUAAAUUUAUCUUCAAUCAGCGCAUAAACAACACAUUUGUCAGCAGGAACCUGAAAAUCCAGGCGCAUGUACUACCUAUCAAUCUACACCCCGACUCCAGAUCCAACUCGGUAUGUUAAUAUUGAAAGCCUCGCCCCGAAUUAUGAUGAGUAGACAUGGCGCUGACAAAAAUUUAGAAAUGAAGAAAACAGCAGAUGUAAGCGAUCUAUGGAUACAGCAUCAGCGCCGAAAUACGAAGACAACUCAGUCUUGGGCAUGCAAAUUAUGCCUGGAGCGCAAGAUAUGCCUUUCCGAAACCGACUUGUGGAACCAUGCAGAAAAGGACCAUCGGGAUAAAAUCCCAACUGAUCAAGACGAACUUAAACGAUUCCGCAAAUCUUACGAGAUUGAGAGCGCAUUGAAGAGGUUAGUCUGAUCCGCUGACAAUUGCAUCUGUGGGGGCAAGAUAUGCAAGGCUGUUGCUAUAUUUCCAGGAAAAGUAAGGCUGACUGAGAGCACAAAGAACGACAAAAGAUGAUUCACAACCCCAGAAACCUUCAAAUAAUGAGGCCGCCACAGCUAGCUCAACCACUCCAACUUUACAAUUACAAUCUAAGCGACCGCUCAACUCUACCCAACCUAGUCGAUCGCUUUCUGGCCUUCAGGCACUGAACUUAGGACCAAAUGAAGGCAACACUAUGGAGGAUGAAGAAACCACAGUGGAUAAGCCGCGCAAGAGGGCUGCCGUCGGAGAUGGCAUAUCAGCAGGUUCAGUAUCACCAUUCCGCGAAGAAUCAGAAUCACCUCCGCCGCGAAGAUCUCUAGCUCGUCCAACUUCUGGACAAAUUCCUGUAUCGGAUACCGAAACUCGGCGACAGGCUACAAAGGGACAACUGUGGACUCCUGAUCAAGACUCGCCAUUUACAAGAUCAUCCUUCGAUCCCUCCAACAUUGCUUCCACACAAGCCUCAAAAUCUCGAGCUCAGAUGUUUAAACCAGCUAAUCGCAGACCUAUGAAAACAUCUGCACCUCAGACUUCCAUUCGACCAGCACUGCAUGCAAAUCAACCUCAGCAGCAACACCAUCAUACGCAGGCCAACACACCGUCUGUAAUCUUACCCAAUAGGAUAGCCUCAGAAACUGAAUCAAGAUCCCAAAGUGAAGAGUACAGCAUUAUUCUGCAGCCCGAGACAAGGCCGAUCUCUCAAAAUCAACUCGUAGCAGAGGUCAAAGGCAUAUAUGCUGGUCUUGUAAUGGUUGAAGCCAAGUGUAUUGAAGUUGAUAAUAAGCAAGCUACACUUACACAAGGUAAUCCCCCCGUCCAACCGAAGCUCAACAACGAACAAUGGCAAGCUCUUAUCGCUUUGCACCGUACUUUACUCCACGAGCAUCACGACUUCUUUUUAGCUUCCCAGCAUCCAUCGGCUAGCCCUGCUCUACGUCGCUUAGCAUCAAAGUAUGCUAUGCCUGCUAGAAUGUGGCGUCAUGGUAUUCAUUCCUUUCUGGAACUUCUCAGACACCGACUCCCUGCCUCACUUGACCAUAUGCUUGCAUUCAUAUACUUGGCAUACUCGAUGAUGGCUUUGUUGUAUGAGACUGUGCCCGCUUUCGAAGAUACUUGGAUUGAGUGCUUGGGAGAUCUAGGACGAUAUAGAAUGGCUAUUGAAGAUGACGAUAUCAGGGACAGAGAGGUCUGGACUGGGGUAGCACGUCAUUGGUAUUCGAAGGCUUCCGAUAAAGCCCCUACAACCGGUAGGCUGUAUCAUCACCUUGCUAUUCUAGCACGCCCAAAUGCUCUCCAACAACUGUAUUACUAUGCAAAAUCGUUGUGUGUUGUAGUGCCCUUUACAUCUGCACGAGAAUCGAUACUUACACUUUUCGAUCCUAUCCUCAAUGCUGAAAAUGGGCAAGGUCAGUAUCGAUUGCCGCCUUUGGAUACUGCAUUUAUCCGAGCUCAUGGGCAUUUGUUUACAAACAGAACCAUGGAAAGGUUUGAACCUGCGGUCCAAGAGUUUCUUGCACUACUUGACAGCCAAAUCGGGCGAGUAACGAAAAAGUUCAUGGAUCAAGGCUGUCAAAUUGCCAUCUCCAAUAGUGUUGCAAUGCUUGGAUUUGCGUCCAAAGAAAAUCCUCUUAUGAAAGCUAUCGCGCCUUCUUCAGAAGAAAAAGCAGCUGACGUUGACAUGGAUGAAGCUCUGGACGAAUCUUCUCCCUCCAUGACGACAUUCAAACAUGCGCAGAACCUUAGCAAUGCUGCAUUGGAGAUCGUAUUGCAAAGAAUAGGCGAUCCAAAUGUUCUUCCUUUUAUCCACGUCUCCCUCGUUUUCAUGUUCCGUAUGUCUCAUUUUUCAGGCGCGAUGGAGCUUUUGGCACCAGCGUUCCCGUGGCAAUCUCUGGCUAUUAUGCUCAAUACGUUACUUAAGCCCUACAAGUCUCUAAGCCGCAUUGGAGAUAACAAUUUUCCACUGCCAGAGAAAGAUGAUGUCCGCCCCUUUCCAGAAGACUUUGGAAUGCGCGGGUUACUAUGGGCAGAAAAAUACUUCCCUGAAAAAUGGUUUCUCAACGAGAAGACCGAUGGAGAAGAGAAAUACCGCGAGCUUCCGUCUAUGCUCGAGCAACGAAAGGAACGCAUAUUAUGGCUAGCUUGUCGCAUUGCUGAUGCCGGCCCAUGGAUCAACUUCAAUGUUUCCAAGCCAGAAUUUUCUGUUCAGAGUAGUGAUGCAGAGUUGGAGUUCGUGGAGUCGCAGUCGGCGACCUUCGCUUCGGCGAGUACUAAUGAUGCUAAUAGAACUUGGCCAUCCGUAAAACCUUAUACUGAUGCUGAAGAAGACCUGACAUCGCUUACGAUGCUUGCGGCACAAACGUUCUCUCAUGAAUAAGAGCAUGGAGGAGCUCCAUCACUGCAAAACACCAUCACAAUUCAAGUACUUUACAAUGCUAGGAGAAAGCGAUCUAAGAAUGAUAAAUGGAACUCUAUCAAAUUGAUGGUAUGUGCCAUAGUAACCUCAUAGUAGCAUUGUACCUGAUGAAAUGUGUAGAUUUCAUCGCGCAAAGCAGUUCAACAUCCUUCGUGAAAUGGGGAAAAUUUUCAAUGCCUGGAGAUGGCCUUGGCGGACAACUUUUACGUCUUCUAUGGACAAUAACAACGAUACAAACGUUUAGGCAACCUAAUAACAUGUGGUCUUUCCUUUGAUGAUUGGAUGGGAAAUUGGCUUUCAUAAUGGUUCCAAGUUUGAGCAUGCUGGCAGGAUCAAAUCCUGCCCUCUCAUAGCCAUACGUUUUUCAUUUAUCAUUCAUCUUUUCCAUUUUCGAUUCUCUUUUUUAUCCUCGGCUGUCGAGGCUGAGAUAUUUUUACUUCAAUUGUAAUGCAGCCAUGAGAAUCAUGAUUGAUGAAUUUUACGCAUGUGUU